GUCCCUAUAAGAGCCUGCAAAAAUAUCUCUUUCUUCCUGGUAUUCUCAAAAUCCUCCCACUCAGACGGGACGACUUUGCCUAAGCAAGAACACCGAGAUCCCUCUUCUUCACCAAACUUUGAACUCCGAUAAUGAGUUACUACAAUCAACAACAGCCCCCCGUCGGCGUCCCUCCUCCUCAAGGUUAUCCAUCGGAAGGAUAUGCUAAGGACGCCUAUCCGCCUCCGGGAUAUCCUCCACCGGGAUACCCUCAACAGGGAUAUCCUCCGCCUCAGGGAUAUCCUCCUCAGGGAUAUCCUCAGUACGCUCCUCAAUACGCACAGCCUCCGCCUCAACAACAACAACAGAGUCAGACCACCGGUAUCUUGGAAGGAUGCUUGGCUGCUUUGUGCUGUUGCUGCCUGUUGGAUGCUUGCUUCUGAUGAGAAAUGGUGAUCGGAUAGAUUCGAGGUUGAUUUUGGGUGGAGCUGCUGCAAUUGUUGAAUUGUUUUACAUCUUCGUAUGUGUAAUUGUCGUGGGUUUUAAGUCUGAUAAUAAUAUUGAGAAUAUUUGGUUGGAAGUGUUUAAAAUGUUGGAGAUUUAUGAUUCGUAAAAGACUGAUUUAUGUAAAUUCUCAUUUGUUUUGAUGUUUUUAUCAAAGUAAACUUGGACA